CUGAGAUUCAUUGGGCACUUUAAGUUGCGUCUGGGAUUGACCAUUCUGACAAGAAUUAAUUGCACAGCUACAGAAGACAAGACCAAGAUUAAAGCUCUCUCGAGCCUGAAUAAUGUCCGAAGAGUCCAGGGCGAUUGUGAAAGCCCUUGGAAAUGUCCUUGUUCGCCUGAGCGAGCACCCCUAUCCUCACGUGCCGAACCCUCAAGGCUGUGAGAAGCGCGCCAGUGUCGCUGCCAUCAUUCGUGUACGCCCUGUCUUUACACCGAUCCUGUCUGCCAAAGACUCCGUAGUAGCAGUCAGCGAACCCAGCUCUCCACCGACCUCCCUCCGUGACUUCUUUUCGCAAGAAUGGGUGCAACAAGGCGACCCAGAAAUGCUCUUCAUCAAACGCGCCGGUCGAGCUGGAGAUAGAUGGUCAGGACAUACGGCUCUCCCAGGAGGGAAGAGAGAUCCAGAAGAUGCAGAUGAUCUGGCUGCUGCAGUGCGUGAGACUAGAGAGGAGAUUGGGCUGGACUUGGACAGUACGGACUGCCUCCAUGCUGGCAAUCUGCCGGAAAGACUGGUCACCACAUCCUGGGGCAAGGAAACUCUCAUGGUUCUAUGUCCCUACAUUUUUGUCUUGACGGGAAAGACUUCUCCAUCGCUUCAGCCGCAGCCUACAGAAGUGGCGUCGGUGCACUGGGUGUCGUUCCGUGCGUUAUUGUCGCCCACACUGCGAACCACAGAGGCGGUCGAUAUCUCCAGUAGGAUGGCCAAACGCGUCGGCCCAUUCGUGCAUCGGCUGAUCCGCCUGGCCAUCGGAAAGAUGCUUUUCAGCGCAGUGCGGCUUGUGCCCACCGAGUCCAUCUAUGCCAGUUCAAUUCCGGGCUUCAUCCCCACAGCAGAUCGCCAACAGCCGUCCUCUCGAGCAGGGUGGUCACUAACACCAUUUGGUAGCCCUCCAUCUCCCAAGCUUCUCACUUAUCAACAGCCCAUCCUCCUCUGGGGACUCACUCUCGGCGUCCUGGCAGACCUCCUCGACCAACUCCCGCCAUACAAUGCUGUUGCAUUGUGGAAAUAUCCCACCUUCACUGUUCCAGAUCUUCGUCUAAUUGUCUAUAUUUUGACCCGCCCGUUCAGAAAAGCAUCGGCAGAGUCUUUGUCCUCGGGCUCAUGGCCUAGCCAAACAGCCGUAGAUGCCACAACCGAAGCCACGGCUGUGCCAACAUCAGAGCCGCCGCCCACGGUUUCCGAAGCCGAACCUCUCGAACUCGCCCAGCAGACUUCGUUUGACAGGUCCAGCGUUGGCAUUGGAGGCUUGGGCGUGGGCUCGCAUCCGCAACAUGCUGUUGGGAAGUUGCUCCACGGAUAUUAUGAACGUGUCAACGUGGCGAUCGCCGUGUUCUUGGUUUACCGAACUGCCCUUUCUGCGGGCAUCCUCUUGGGGGCUUAUAAGCUAUGGAAGCGACGCCGAGGCGGGAAUCUGUGAAGUUGGCUUACACCGAGACCGCACCUGCACUUUCUAGAGGGCUGGAGAGACAUUGUGCCAUUUGAGCAAGAUUUUUGACAUUUGAUACCCGAGAUAUAAAGUGCUGCAUGAAGUACUUGAGUUGCGAAAGCGAGUCAGCUUAGAGCUGGUUUGUCGUGGCGUCAUUGUAACAACAUCAUGUAAACAGAACAACAAAACUCCAAGUUUUAAUUCCAAAAAACACCCUCAUCUUCUCAAUCUUUAAGUCCUGGCACUGAUGGAUGUCAUGUCCAUGGGAACAGUCUCACGUUGUCCGAUCUUCAGGGUUUUCCCCGGGAGCGCGUCGUGGGCAAAGGCCCCCAGCGCCUUGGCCGCGGCACUCCCACGAUUUCCAGCUCGGAAUCAGUUUCCACCGCCGUGUUGUCCUCAUCGUCCCAUGUUGUGCGCAUACGGAACAGUCCCCAAAGGUUGUACGACGACUCGCCAGACGGGCUGCGUGAGUGACGAGACCAUGAACGCCUUCUCCAGCUUGAGGUCGUGACCGGCAGUUGUUGUGGCUGCGCAGAUUGAGCCUGAGGUGGUUCGCAUGUCGGCUGGACUCUCUGAGCUUGCGCAGGAGGUAUCGUACCAAGCAUAUUGUUCUGAUUGGCUUGGACUAUCCCAGGCCCCAUGGUGUCAUUGUCGGGAUCAUCUCGUCUUCGACAAGGCCGAGGACCUUCUCGCAAGGGUGCUGGUUGUAGUGUGAGGAGUUGAGCUGGAGGGGACGGCGGAGUUGGGUCUUGCCUGUUGGACGAAGAAGUCAGCGUGGGUUCAUGGCCGACCGGUUGGAUUGCCUGCUCUUCAUCGUCGGCCAGACUGUCGUCUUGGGUGAGGUCUAUGACGAGUCCAUCGCCACAGCACCUGGGCGAUGCAGUGAGGCCGAGAUUUCUGGUCAUAAAAGCCGGUGCAGGAGCAGAUGAGCGUACCUCUCUUUCACGUCUCAGGGCAGCUUGAACAUCCACAUUUCGAGGGUGCACAGCGGCGUUCGAACCCGGCCUUGGUCCUGUCUGUGUACUUGAAGGAAGUGCGCUUGCGGCGGGUAUGACCUGCGACGACCUGGAAGCAGAAGGCAUAUAACUUGAACCAAGCCCCGAGUUCUUGGGGAUCCGUGCCAGGUUCUUCUCCUUCCGCUCCUUCUUGACGCCAGUGCGCACCUUGUCAGCCUGAGGAGUAUUACGUUUCUUCCUUUGGACUUUGGAUUGCUUGGGGGUGCCAGGAGAUUGCGGUGGUGCAGUAUUCCCUCGCCGUGUGGAGGCAGCAAUGGACAAAGCUUGUUUGGGGGGUCGGGCGGAUUGCAACGAGCGCUCUCCACGUGCGAUGUUCGUCGCUGACCCAGAGACAGUCUCCCGCUGCUUGCUUGACUUGGUUUGCUUUUUCAAGCUCUUCUCCCUUGUCGCAAGCUUUCCAGCUCGAUCACCGCCUACUCGGGACAAGGGACGAUCCGAGUCACUUUCCGACUUGAUUUCCACAGGGUCGCUGCGUGAACCCUGCCGCACUUGCUGGGAGCUUGAGCUUGGCACAGUUGCUGACCGUGGUCGUUGACGUUGAGCAAAUGCCUCCGAACGAAGCUGAUCAGCUGCCGCAUCAUCCUCGGUACUUUCCGAGCCACUUCGGCCACCGACGCCGGCCCUGGAGAAAUAAGGGGAGAAUUGGACUUGUUCAUCCUGAUCGGGUCCAUCAAGGUUUGUGCCGUCGAAUAUGAUGUUGUUGUCGUCGUCAAACAGCAGCUGGCGCUCUUCAUCAACUCUGUACGUAGGUUCGAAGAGAUCUUCACUUGCAUCGACUGAACGACGGUUGCGCCUUGCCGGGCUUCCCUGAGACCUCUUAAGAUUGUGGCCAUCUUCUUUCAGAUUGUCGUCCUUGUCUGUGCGCUUUUGGAGUCCUCCACGGGGCAUUGCACGACCCUGCCCAGUCGCUGAGCUUGUUGGCGAUGCCGAAACUGGGGUCAUCCUCGCGUCAUGUAUAGCAUCGGUAGACCUCUCAUUCCCACGCCUGCCGGCAACAGCCGAAGUCCUGCUAGUUGUAUCGGUCCCAGCCAGGGGAUGUGGAGUUCUUUCGACUUGUUCUUGACCAAGGGCUCCUGACAUUUUGGCAUACUUAUGCGAGGGUGUCGUCGCCGGCGAACUUUCCCUCGUCGGGGGCAAGUCGAAGAUCUCUGGCCCUUCCGCGGUCGGCCUGUUUUUAGGAGUACGGCUCUUUGGGGGUAUCUCGACAUAAAUGCCUGGUUGGCGCUGGACAGAGGAACUCGAACUCUCCAGGCGUUGCGGUUCGAUCAGCAGUGGCUCCUUGGAAGGUGUAAGUCGAUCACACCGUCGUUUUCCAGCUGAACGCGAAGAGGAUGGAACGCCUUUUCGCUUCUUGCUUCUCGGCCUGUCAUCCGAAUCGGCGUUGCCGUCACUUCCCACAUCGUUAACCAAGGUGGUCUGUCAUCUCAGCCAUCAGCGUCACAAAACCCAAAGGCUCGCUCGGAAAUGGUACAGCACACUCACCUGUGUUCCAGCUGGGUCUAGAGAGUGAGUGUCAUCGGCGAAUUGGGUCACCUCCCUCAGUUCGGAUAUCCCGGAGUCGAGCAGGACUUAUCCCGUAGACAUAUUGCAUAUACAUAGCAAGCUUCCCAAAUUUGGCCUCUGAAAUCUAGCUCAAAUUAGUCUUUGAGAUCUUCACUGGCAACAGUAUGUCUCACCCGUUGACCAAACAGCAGUAUAAGUCCCGCUCCCACCCGGGCCUUUGUUUGCAGUGAAGCUUGAGGCAUCGUUUAACGUGUAAAGGGCGGAAAGGGUCCGUCGGAGGCAGAAGCGGUAGAACGAUGUGGGAAUGCAAUUUUCGAAGAGGAUAUUCUUAUUCCACCGUGCCGACGCGAAUCGACGCGUGCCACGGUAUCCAUCUGGAAAAAGGGAGGCUGAAAAUAGAUCGCAUCUACCAGGCUUAGUAGCGCGUAUCUCAAGGAUAUCUGCAGCAGGAGGAUUUGUUUGCUUGCAUUAUUAUCAGAUCACAUCUUGCCCAGGGGUGAGCCUCAAGGCCACCCUCGAACAUGGAUUGAUACAUCCCGGGUGUCUGGAGAAAGGGAGAAGGAGGAAAAGAAAAGUUUCAUAACGGACCAAUGGACUCAUUGAAAG